GACAUAAACAGAUGUUUUUAUUUUGCUCUGCAUAGAAAAAGUUGCGUUGUAGCAAAAAGGAAAUAAUAUUAGUGUAAUUUGCAAGGAAAUCUCGUAAAAAUGAGUUCUGGUGUUGUGCGAGCACCAGUCUCGCAGCUUAUCCACAAUAAAGAAGAGGAUGUUGACAGUGAGGAACCAAAAAAGAAAUCCCGUGAAGAUUGGCGUAAAGCCAAAGAGUUGGAAGAGGCUCGUAAAGCGGGUACUGCACCAGCUGCUGUAGAUGAGGAGGGUCGAGAUAUCAAUCCACAUAUACCACAAUACAUUUCCAAUGCACCUUGGUAUUAUAAUGCACAAGGUCCAACAUUGAAACAUCAACGGCCACAAAGAGAGGAUGAGCAGGGUCAGCUGGAAAAACGUGCACCAAAAGGUUUAGAUACCACUAAAUUAGUGACGAAAUUCCGAAAAGGUGCAUGUGAAAAUUGUGGUGCGAUGACGCAUAAGAAAAAGGAUUGUUUGGAGCGACCACGCAAAGUGUUAGCCAGAUAUGCUGAGUCGAUUGUAGUGCAUGAUGAGCAUGUGGUGCAAGAUACAGCAGUUAAUUAUGAUGAAAAACGUGAUCGUUGGAGCUCAUAUGAUCCCGCCAAUCAUAAAGAAAUUAUUGAGGAAUAUGAAAAAGUCGAGGAAGCGAAAAGACAACUAAAGGCAGAGAAGUUAAAAAAAAAUCCUGAUGCAGAGUUUUCGGAUGAUAAUGACAACGAGGACAAAUAUGUAGACGAGGUAGACAUGCCUGGCACAAAAGUGGACUCAAAACAACGUAUUACCGUGCGUAAUCUGCGUAUACGCGAGGACACGGCAAAAUAUCUUAGAAAUUUGGAUCCGAAUUCAGCUUAUUAUGAUCCUAAAACACGUUCUAUGCGUGAUAAUCCAAACCCACACCAGGCACCAGAAGAAGUGGAGUUUGCUGGGGAAAAUUUUGUACGUUUUUCAGGUGACACUACAAAACAUGCUACAGCUCAACUGUUCGCUUGGGAAGCCCAUGGCAAAGGUGUGGAUGUCCAUUUGCUUGCUGAGCCCACAAAGUUAGAACUCCUGCAAAAGGAGUACGACAAGAAAAAAGAACAGUUCAAAUCUAGUACUAAAGACGACAUAGUGGAGAAAUAUGGCGGCGAGGAGCAUCUAAAAGCGCCUCCGAAGUCGCUGCUUCUUGCUCAAUCAGAAGAAUAUAUUGAAUACUCACGAAGUGGAAAAGUUAUUAAAGGCAUAGAAAAGCCAAAGGCUCGUAGUAUUUACGAAGAGGAUGUCAUGAUUAAUAAUCAUACAACUGUUUGGGGCAGUUAUUGGAAUGGUGGACGUUGGGGCUACAAGUGUUGCAAGUCAUUUAUUAAGAACUCUUACUGCAUAGGCAUGAAGGAUCCAGAAGCGCUCGCUGAUCUGCUAAAUCCCGCCCCGGGCACUAGCGUACCAGAUACUGCAAUAACUACAGAAGAGGCAAGAGAAGAAAAAGAGAACCCAGCAGAAUCGGCAUCUUCUUCAUCCUCCUCCUCGUCAUCGUCAUCAUCUUCGUCUUCCUCAUCAUCUUCUUCAGAAGACGAAGAAGAGACCAAGAAGACGCAGUUAGAAAAUAAAAAAGUGAAGAAAAAAAUGAAGAAGCGUGAAAAGAAACGAAAGUCUAAGAACCAAAAGCGAAAGGAGAAAAAAGAAAAAGCAAAGGAAAAAGCACUACGUGCAAAGGAGAAGGCGCAGUUGGAAGCCGCUUUGCGUGAUAUACACGCCAAGUCGGAAGAUGAAGACGAGCACAAGGAUGAACGUAAACGCGGCUACAACAGCAAAUACGACGUUAAGGCACCGACGGAAGAAGAAAUCGACGAGUGGCAACGUAAGCGGCAGCGCACAGAUGAUCCUAUGAUGCAAUUUAUGUCUAAAUAAACGAUUUAAUGCCAAUUUA